AUGUUUAAUUUACCAUCAUUAACCCAGCUUGGGUUGAAACGUGCUGCAGCCAUAUUGACAAGACCCCCCGCAACCGCGCAAUUUUCAACCAUUACAAAACAACUGUUUAUGAAGUCAAUUCCAAAGACUUUGAAACCUAAUUUUAUAUCUAAAUCAGCUGGGUUGAGAUCAACUAGAUCAAGUUCAUCUUUGAAAUUAUUAUUUGCUAGUACUGGUUCAUUUUUGUUAUUAUCAUCUUUGUCUCUUUCCCCUAGCAAUAGAAUCUACAAUGAUUCCAUAUUAAAAGACAAUAGAAUAGAUAUUAGUGAUCUACAACCUGCCCCAGGCUAUAGGAAGUCUAGAUUUGGUGGUAAAUUGAAUUAUGAAGAAUUAACAAUUGGUUCAGUAACAGGAUUAUUUUUAGGAAUUAUAAUUGGGAAAUUAUCAUCAGUAUUUAUGUUUUUCACUUUAUCUUGUUAUUUUAUGUUAGAAUUUUUAGAAUCAAGAAACAUCAUACAUAUUCCUUGGACUUAUAUAAUAACUGUAGGUAAAGAUAAAGUUGAUCUUAAAGAAUUAGUAUUACAAAAACCAAGUUUUAAAAUAUCAUUUGUAUUGGCAUUUAUUAUUGCUGCUUAUAAUAUUUAG